CGAGGCCGCCCUUAGCAAAGAUGGCUGCUGUUCCCACAUUGCUUCCAAUAGCUGUGAAGGUAGCGUGCCCUUAGACAAAAUGGCCGCGUUCUGUUCUUCACCAGAGGCUGCGAGCAAAGCGGGCUGCUAGUCCUGGCAGAAGAGUCUGUGCUCCUGACAGAGCAUUUCCCCUCCCUAAAGAUUGAACAAAAUAAUACUAAAAACUUUGGAAGCUGUUGUUUACAAUGAAGACUGCAUAUUGGAAGUGGUGUCCAUAAAACAGAUUUUGCUGUAAUUCUCUUUACCCAUUUCUGGGUGGCUGAAUUUUCUGGAUUGCACAUAUCCAACUAGCUUCAGGUGGAAAUAGAUAAUCCUUUUACUCAAAAUAUAAAGAAAUCUUUCUAUUCGAGGCAUAAAAUAUCCUAAAUAGAGAUGGUGUACUGUGAUAGUCAAGUGCAUCCAGGUUCUAGAUCUCUGGUUCUUUAGUUACUUUUCCUCAAAACUUGUACACGCUACCUGUGGUUUUAACUUGAUGCUCAGAUUCUCACACUUUUACCACAUGUACUGGAAUCCUUAUUGUUACUACUACAAUGUCGUGGGUGCAAGCUGCAGUCAGCCGGCCCAGUGAGGAUGUGUUUGAUGAAGAUGCUGAUGAACUGCAUCUAAUGCAGAAAGAAUGGAAGAGCACCAUGGAGAAAAGAGUCAAAGAAGGCUAUAGAGAUGGUGUUGAGGCUGGGAAAGAGCUUUCACUUCAGCAGGGUUUCAAUCGGGGUUACAAACAGGGUGCUGAGAUGAUGAUGACCUGUGGCCAACUCAAAGGGACCCUUAGUGCACUCUUGUCUUGGUGUCACCUUAAUGGGCAAAUUUCUGCUUUGCUGAAUAAGAUAAGUAACCUCCUGGCUGAAGUUGGCAAGUAUGAAGAAUGUGUGCUUAAGUAUAUGAAUUCUAUCAGUCCACAGCCCUACCUUGGAGACAUUCUGGAUUCUGUUCAGGACAUGGACCUUGAUCAUACAAUUCCAGUAGAGAAUGAAUCUGAUGAAAUUGAAGCUGGAAAACUCUGUAAAAAUGAGUCUGAGUUGAGUGAAAACUCUUGCAGGAGUAAUGGUCAGGCUGACUCCUUGCAUUCUGACAGUGGGAGAAGGACAAAAGAACACACACAUUCUGAAAGGCCAACCCUUGCUUGGCUUAAAGAAGAGACUCUCUGUUUAGGAGAGCACCUAGGCUUGUCACUGGACAUAUUACAGCAUGUCCAAAAACUGGAAAGUUAACUUUUUUCUUGUGCCCAGUGGAAUCUGAUCCUAAGAAUUAACUUGACAGGCUUGUAUUUUAUUUGUGGCUCAAAGGUUGGUGGUCAUACUAGUCAUUUAAUUUCAUGGGAAUGUAGUGAUCUGAUUCUAAUGUUUCCCUUUAAAACAUAAUAAAACAACCCUUGCUCUCAUC